AUGGCGUUGUACGUGGCCGCGGCGGCCGUGCUGGAGGGUGUGGAGAAUCGCCAAGGCUCCAUCAAGGGGCUGGUGUACGGCAGGCGCUUCCAGAACGUGAAGCAGCUGUACGCGCUGGUGUGCGAGACGCAGCGCUACUCCGUCGUGCUGGACGCCGUGAUCGCCAGCGCCGGACUCCUCCGCGCCGAGAAGAAACUGCGGCCGCACUUGGCGAAGGUGCUAGUGUAUGAGUUGUUGCUGGGACGAGGCUUUAGAGGGAGUGGGGGCCGAUGGAAGCCUCUUGUGGCCCGCCACCAGGCAAGGCUGAAGGCUGAGUUGGCCCGGCUCAAAGUUCAUCGGAGUGUGAGCCGGAAUGAAGACCUGUUGGAACUGGCAUCCAGGCCCGGUCCAGCCCUCCAGGUGCCUCGAUUUGUGCGGGUGAACACCCUCAAGACCUGCUCUGAUGAUGCAAUUGAUUAUUUUAAGAGACAGGGUUUCUCUUACCAGGGACGGGCUUCCAGCCUUGAGGACUUAAGGACCCUCAAGGGGAAGCAUUUUCUUCUGGAUCCCUUGUUGCCAGAGCUACUUGUGUUCCCUGCACAAACAGAUCUGCAUGAACAUCCGCUGUACCAAGCCGGUCACCUCAUUCUACAAGACAAGGCCAGCUGUCUCCCAGCCAUGCUGCUGGCUCCGCCGCCAGGCUCCCAUGUCAUUGACGCAUGUGCUGCUCCAGGCAACAAGACCAGUCACGUAGCUGCUCUUCUCAAGAACCAAGGGAAGAUCUUUGCCUUUGACUUGGAUGCCAAGCGGCUGGCAUCUAUGGCUACUCUACUGGCCCGGGCUGGAGUCUCUUGCUGCGAGUUAGCUGAGAAAGACUUCUUGGCAGUCUCACCCUCAGACCAGCGUUACCGUCAGGUCCAGUACAUCCUGCUGGAUCCUUCUUGUAGUGGCUCUGGUAUGUUGACCCGACAGCUGGAAGAGCCUGGGGCAUGUGCACCUAGCAAGAAGCGCUUACAUGCCCUGGCAGGUUUCCAGCAGCGAGCUCUGUGCCAUGCGCUCACUUUCUCCUCCUUGCAGCGCCUCGUCUACUCCACGUGUUCCCUUUGCCAAGAAGAGAAUGAAGACGUGGUACGAAAUGCUCUGCAGAACAGUGCAGGGACCUUCAGGCUAGUGCCUGUUCUACCCUCCUGGCCCCACCGAGGCCUUGGCACUUUUCCAGGUGCUGAAUACUGCCUCCGGGCCUCCCCUGAGACCACACUCACUGGUGGCUUCUUCAUUGCUGUCCUUGAACGGAAAGAGGUGUCAAGUUCAGCCUCUCACACCGAAGCACCGGGGCCAGAACUUACAGCCAGCCCAACCCCAAAGAGAAAGAAGAAGCGGCGAAAACUGGUGGCUGGUGCUAGCACACUGCCUGGCACGUAGCAGGUGCUCAAGGGUCUGACUUUGGGCCCUCAGACCCAGGCAGCAGUUUUGUUUGGAAGAUUAUCCCUGUUUCUGCAGCUGGAAAGGCGGAGUGAGUUUCCUAGUUCUCUGGGUCCCUGCAUUGGUUUGGGUUCUCUUGGUGAGAGCAGAAGUGCUGCCCACAAAAAUAAAAGGCAGAACAUGGUCUAUGAGAGAUCACAGUUUUUUUAUUCUUAAUGAUAUAAGCAAGGAGAAAAAUCACACAUUUGUCCUAAAAAUUACAACUAGACUCAACAGGAAUUAAGUCCUUAUUGGUAAUGGAAAGUCCCAGCCUCCCGGUCCUGUCCAGUGCACGUACAUGUACACAAGCACACUCAGGCCACACCAGGGUGCCCCCUCGGGGUUCCUGGACUAGCUGUCCUGCCUGUGGAACUGAGGUAACACUAGCUGAGAGAACUACAACUAAAAGAGGCUCCGCCUUACAUAAGGUAUAGGUAGACACUUGAUUUCUAUACCUGUGACCCCCCCCCGCUCCAAUCGUAACAGGUAUUUGGGACUUGAGGUUGAGACUUCCUCCUCAGC